AAGAUACAUAAUCGCGGAAACUUGACGCUCUCUGGUCCACUGGUCGUUGUGCUCAGAAGCUUCAACGUCGCCCUCUUGCUCUCUAUCUCUGCUACAAGUUUGCAGUGGGUGGGGACUAGGGAGGGAAUCGGAUGAGGUGAGGAUGGCGUACCACAGCCACCUGGCUCACGAGAUGUCUUUGACGCAACUCGCCGAACACCAAUUGGGCGACCCAACUGGCGGCAUCCACCUAGUCCCGCCAUCCUCCAGCAACACCGUAAAGCCGUCCGGAACUGUUGCCUCUGCAGCACAACAGCUCUCCGGGGGCCUGACAUGGCUCAACAGUUCCGUCCUACGGCCCCAGGGCCACCACUUCUCUGACGGCAGCUUCCUCCACCUUCAAACAGCUUCCGAGGACCACUUUCACACUGGCGAGGACGACGUCCCUGUGUCCAGUGAUUCGAUGAUCGCAGCUGCGAUGUCGGACCCUGCCACCGCCGGCAACUGCAGAGAGGGAGAUACGACGACUGUAGGUGGCGACGGCUUGGAGCAGCAAGCAGUAGAGGGGACGUGGCAGAACGCGAGGUAUAAGGCAGAGAUAUUGGGGCACCCGCUUUAUGAGCAGCUGCUCUCAGCUCAUGUGGCAUGCCUCCGCAUCGCGACGCCGGUGGACCAGCUGCCGCGGAUCGACGCUCAGCUCGCGCAGUCGCAGCAGGUUGUCGCUAAGUACUCUGCCCUCGGUGCUGGGCAGAUGAUCACUGGGGAAGACAAGGAGCUUGAUCAGUUCAUGACACACUAUGUAUUGUUGCUCUGUUCAUUCAAAGAACAACUGCAACAGCAUGUCCGAGUUCAUGCUAUGGAAGCAGUGAUGGCUUGCUGGGAGCUAGAACAAUCUUUGCAAAGUUUGACAGGUGUAACCCCUGGUGAAGGCACUGGUGCAACAAUGUCUGAUGAUGAUGACGACCAAGAAGACAGUGAAACAAAUUUCUUUGAUGGAAGUUUGGAUGGCCCUGAUAGUAUGGGUUUUGGGCCUCUCGUACCAACAGAGAGCGAGCGAUCCCUAAUGGAGCGCGUGAGGCAAGAACUAAAACAUGAAUUGAAACAGGGCUACAAAGAAAAAAUUGUUGAUAUUAGAGAGGAGAUUUUACGGAAGAGAAGAGCUGGAAAACUCCCAGGCGAUACCACUUCCACUUUAAAGGCUUGGUGGCAAUCCCACUCCAAGUGGCCUUACCCAACAGAGGACGACAAGGCAGGACUGGUACAGGAAACUGGAUUGCAGCUAAAGCAGAUAAACAACUGGUUCAUUAACCAAAGGAAGAGAAACUGGCACAGCAAUCCAUCUUCAUCCAGCACCUCUAAGAGCAAGCGGAAAAGGAAUGCAGGUGAUAAAAGUCUCAGUGCUACAAGCAUGUAAAUAAAAGAGAGAUGAAAGAAAGCCAUUGGGGUGCUGAUCUCGCGUGUAAUUAUUAUUUGAAUCUAAAAUUUAGCAAAUUUUAAAGAGCACAUAUAAAUUUGAAGGUAUUAUCAGAAGCCUGACAGAUAAUUGAUGCCAUUAGAGAACUGAUAUUACAUCCUAAGGAGGGAAGCAGGUCUGCUUGGCAGGUUUCAUCCAUAUAUCCUCCAGUCAUUACAUUUUCUUAGUUAAAUGUGUACAAGAGUGCUUUUAUCUUUUUUUUUUCUUGAAGGAAAUGAAUUAUAAGGUUUAGCUGUGGUGCCAUUUAUAAUUUUGAGAAUUUGUUGUUGUUGUGGUGUAAUAAUUUUAGUAAAUAGUGCAAGAAUUACAAAGAA